GUGUGAUAUGCUCAAGGUGUGACUUUAGCGUGUGUAUUUGAGUUGUGUUGAGUUUUAUAUGAAAUUUUUCACGAAUAACGUCAUGGUGGCGAAGUUGUGAAUAUUUUUUCCACAGCAUUUGAUGGAUCCUUCUAUCUCCUGGCUGCAACCAGAACAAGAAGGACCCGCCAAGCAACUGUGGCUUCGUAUUUGGCAGACUCAACAAGAAUCUGAUAAUAUGAACUUAAAAGAGGGUGACAGUGAGUUAGAAACUAUUACCAACGGCUACACAACCCACAGAGUUGGAUUAAUGAAUGGAAAAACCGAUAAAAAUGCUACUUUCUCCAGGAGACGGAAAGAUAACAGACCCGUAACCAGGUCUGUCCAUCGGAAAUUGAGUAGCGAUUACGGAGGAUGUCCUUGGAGGCAGCCCAACUUUCCCUAUCAAAAGGGUGUAGUGGGUUUACAUCAGGAGAUUGAACAUUUUUAUGCCUACAUGAGUCCUACAGAUGCUGAAGACAAAAUUCGGGCAGAAGUGGUUGCCCGAAUUGAUAAGAUCAUUACAUCAAAAUGGCCUGAAGCUAAAGUAGAAAUCUUUGGGUCAUACAGAACAGGACUUUACCUUCCCACUAGUGAUAUUGAUCUGGUAGUUAUAGGUAAAUGGGCAAACCUUCCAUUACGAACCCUCGAACAAGAAUUCCUUGAGAAAGAUAUAGCCGUCCAGGAUAGCAUCAAAGUAUUGGACAAGGCAUCGGUGCCAAUAGUAAAAUUGACUGACAAAAAAACUGAUAUCAAAGUGGACAUUUCAUUUAACAUGUGUAAUGGUGUCAAAUCUGCAGAAUUGAUCAAGAAAUAUAUUGAUAAAUUCCCAGUUUUGCCAAAGCUAGUAUAUGUGUUAAAACAGUUUCUUUUAGAAAGAGACUUAAAUGAAGUUUUUACGGGUGGUAUAUCCAGUUACAGUUUAAUUUUGAUGUGCAUUAGCUUUUUACAGCUGCAUCCUAGACAGGAGAAUGCGCGUAAUGCUUCGGCGAAUCUCGGGGUGCUUUUAAUAGAAUUUUUCGAAUUGUAUGGACGUAAAUUCAAUUAUAUAAAGACUGGAAUUCGGAUACGAGAUGGUGGAAAUUAUUUAGACAAGGACGAGAUGCAGAAAGAGAUGGUUGAUGGGCAUCGGCCUAGUAUGUUGUGUAUAGAAGAUCCUUUGCAACCAUCAAAUGAUAUUGGUAGAAGUAGUUACGGAGUUCUACAGGUGAAAAGAGCAUUUGAAUAUGCCUACAUAGUACUGACGAAUGUAGUGUAUCCAUUUGCAAUGUUCAAUAGCUGCGUCCAUGAAUCAAUUCUUGGACGAAUCAUUAGAGUCAGGGAAAAUGUGAUUAUGCAGAGGCAACGUGUUGAAGACAGUGUCAGACAUAGACCCUCUCGUUCUUCCAGUGUAGGUUCCACAGGAUCUAGUGCUGAAGAUAGUGCUGUUAGUUCAGAAGGAUCAGAUGUGCCAUCUAGAGACAAUUCACCAAAUAUUAACUAUACCCCACAACGUCAAACUCAGCAAAAAUCUCGUAUUCCUUGGAAGAAUAAAGGUGGCUAUAGGAGUAAUCACAGUACCAACGGACACAACAAUCAUAAUGGCUUUAACAACAAUUCAACGAAACGUAAAAAACCAAUGAAGCAAUAACAAUACUUCUGGUAGGGUAGAAACGUUUUUAGAUUCGCUUUUGUCGCAUUUCGAAGUUCAGGUGGUUAAUUUUUAUAUAUGCCUGGUGUAUUAUUGACGAAAAACAAAAAAAUAAUAUGAAACUUUAUUAAAUUUAUCCAGGACUACCAAUUGCCAGAUUUGGUAACUCAGAUGAUUUUAAUAUAUUCGCUGUCUUUAAUUUUUGAGCGAGGUAGCAUGUCGACCCAAAAAAAUUAUUUACUUUGUAUAUGAGAAAAAAGUUUAAUAGAUAGGUAUUAAAAAAAAAAAAAAUUAAAAAAAUCUUAUUUAAAAAAUCGACAUUAUGCCUUAAACAUGUGUAGCACACUUAUGAACAAAAAAUGAUUAAAACAACAUGAACAAAAGUUUAAUUUUGUUUAUAUUAUUAAUGUAAAGUAUUUUUUAUUUAGAUUAAAAUACAGAAAAAGUAAUUUCACGAAAUUAUUCUCAAUCUCAAAAACAGUAUCAAAUUAAUCUAAUUUAUAGAUUUAAAUUUUUAUCGUUUAAUAUUUUUGUUUGCAACAAGUUGAUCAUUGGUGCAAUUUUUUUUUUAACUUAACAUGCUAUAGGCCAGCUUUGGAUUGUGCAGGUCUAUUUUUUAAAGAGUUAUUAUAAAUCAGAAAAUAUAAUUUUUUUUUUAAUGUAUUGGAAAUUUAUUCGUUUAUUUUAAAUUAUAUUUUUUUAACAUUGCGAUAUUAUUUAAAACUAUAAAAACUUAAAAAUUUAAAUAUAAAAAAUCCAAAUAUCCAUAUCUCAAAGUGGUCUGAAGUAGAUUACGAAGGAAAGAGAUAAAAACAAAGUCUCUCAAACACAUGAUCAUUUUUUGAAAAAAUCGAAUCGACAGACUGUGUUUUUUGUAUACAAUAUACAUUUUAAAAGAUUAGGUUUAUAAAAUGUGGCUAGUAUUGCCAAGAUUCUCCUGUCACCGGUCAAUUAAUAAUUAAAAAUAAAAUAUUAUUAGCAACAUUUUGUCUCCCUCUUUUAAAAGUACUACUUCUGUCUGUUUAGUAUAUCUUGCGAGGUUGACUGCCAGUUAUCCGUCUAUCAAAUGGGUAUCAAUGAGACGUCUUCUUCCAUUCUCAUAUGUUUGUUCCAUUCCCUUUGCAACCUUACCCGUCUUGAAUUGGUUUCUUAUUUUUAUCUGAAUUACUAUAUUUUCAAAUCAAAAUUUUAUUUUUCUUGUAUAAAAAUUAUUUUUCCAUUGUUUACCUAGUAAAAAGACAAAAUUUCAUUAAUUUUAUUAAAAAAAAAAGUUUUACGUAAUAAUGGCCAUUGGGUCUCAAACUAAACUAACAAUAUUUUAUAUGUGUACUGCAUUAGGGUGGCCCUUAUUUUUCAAAAUUUAAAUUUUCUUUGUGCUACCCCACAGUUUGGUGCAUUGCAAAAAAAAAUGUCUUAAUUUUGAGAUCAAUUGGAUAAAGGGAAAGGGUGCCCCAUGCCCCAAGGACCUUGAAAAUCGAAAAAUCAUAGAAAAACAGCAAAAUAUCCAUUUUAUUUAUUUAUCUUGUUAAAUAUUAAUUAUAUGCAAAAAAGUGUUACAUAAAAGUUGGAAAUCUAUAAAAAAAAUGUAAAAUUGUUUUUUUUUUACUACAAAUCUUGAGGCAGAGAUAAAGUCUCUUUUUUUUCGGCGAUAAUCACUUACAAUCUGAAGCACAUACUGUUUUUGUUGUUCGUUUUUCGUAAAUAAUUUAUUAUAAUCUUCCAUAAGCUUCACCCCUCUCUCAGCCGAAUCAUUUACAACUUUCAAUUUAUUCAUUAAUUCCAGACAUUUUACAAAACAUUCAUUUUGAUGCCACGUCGACGGAUCUGUCAUAAGGAAUUCAUCAUCCAAUUCAAAUCUUUUGAAAAAUUCUGUAGUUUCGGAGGAAACGGAAUUGUUCAAUUCCGUCGUUGAUAAUUUGUGGGAUUUCAUCGAUUUGUAUUUGUAUUCGCUUCUCAUUUUUGAUUGAUAAUUCUGUUUCGCGAUUUAAAGCAUUGACCAUUUUUAUUUUCGAUUCAAAUGGCACAUUUGGAUCAAAGAAAGCUAAUGCGACAACUUCAGGGCUUAAAUACCAUAAAUGAUUGCUUAGUUUUUGUAAAGCAACUUGAGAGAUAUCACGAUCGAUAGCUUGAUAUGCAAAAAGUUUUGAAAGAACCGUGAAAUCUUGAUAGGGUGCUUUAGCAGCAGAAGGCGCACAAAACCAUGCUUCGAUAUACACACAAUAAAUAAAAUAAAUAGCUUUUGCCAUCCACCUCGCAUGAUGGAAGGCUCCGGGAACACGAAAAGAUAUUCCACGAGGGGGUGUUUCGCCAAGAAAAAUAACGAUUAAUUCUAAAAGUUCCCUAUAAUCCUCUCUAGGCUGCUGUUCGCCUAAAGUAUUUCUAACAAAGUCAAGAAUUUGAGAUAUAUCGCCCUGAGUCAAGUUUCUCGCGACCUUUUCGUUUUCAGUCCCAGAUCGGAAACUAUAAACAUUGAUUUUUGGCCAAGCGUUUUGAAAUUUUUUAAACAUUAAGACAGUCGGACUUGUAGUUUUACCCAUCUUUUUUUCGAAAACGCUUCUAAGAAUAAUUUCAUACACGUGAUGUCUACAAGCAAAAUACAAAAGAUUUUUUUCUAACAUAUUUCCUAUUAAAACGCAUGCACCUCUAAAACUUCCAGUAUUCGUUGCUGUCGUAUCGAAAACGAAUGCUUUAAUAUAAUCCUGGAGACCCCAUUCAGCGAGAGUUUUACAAACAGCAGAUGCCUGCUCUUUUCCAGUUCCAGAUUGCAAUACAGGCACUCCAAGAUGUUGCUCUGUAUCGCCGUUAGAAAGAAUCACCGGUAGUCUAUCAACGAUCUUUUUACCUGUUAAUGCUGGAAGUAAUUUACCAUCCCAAUGCACGACAGCAGCUUGUAAUUUAGUGUCUUUGAAAUACUUUUUAAUUUUAGAUACCUUCUCUUUGCGUAUUUUUUUCUCUAUAAAAAUGAAUGGAACUUCUGUUUAUGAUAAACUCCUGUACAUCAAGAUCCAAUGCCUCGAUUGUAGCAAUCAGAAUAUAAACUGCAUCACUGUCAGAAAUUUUACAUUUAUCUAAAGCCGCACAUAGCUUAGUUGUCAUUAUGUUACGAAAUCCUCUCUUUCUUUUUGCUCUUGGUGAUUCUGAUAAAAGGGAUGCAAAUUCCAUAUCUUCUGGGGAAGUAUGUUCUAUCACAAUAUUAGCAGUUGAGGUUGAGACCAAUUCGGCAGUUUGCACUUAAAAACAAAAGAAGAGAUUUAUUGAUAUGAAAUCAAAAAAAUUAACAAUAACAAGCAAACAUUUCCUGUAUGGAAUAUAAUUAAAUUUUGCAUACUUACUCAUUUGUUCAACUUCACGAUCGCUUUGCUCUUUUCUCAUCACGUCUGCCUCUCUUCGUUCCAUAAUUCUUGUUUCUCUUUUUGUUGUUAUUUUAAAUUCCUUGAGAUCGAUUCCGUACAUAAAUCCUGGCCGUCCCUUUUUCCUUUGAUUAAUUAAAAAUUGUUUAUCUUCUUCAAUAGAAAUCAUGUUCAACGCGUUAGCAUGUGCAAUGUCAAAAAGAUCAUCGAGUUUCGAUAUAAACUUUUCUUCUUUUUUUUUUCUCAGUCUUCGAUAGUCUUCCAGAGUGUUUUUGAAGUUGUCUCCAUUCUUGGUACAUAGUUUCUAAUUUUGGUAUACAGUUUCUCAUCUCCUGAGAUGGAAUUCGUACCUUUUCCCAAAAAAUUAGCACUUCUUUUAAAACUAGUCUGGCGCUUUCACCCGAAGAUUAAAAAAUAAUACACUUAAUACCUGUUUAUUUGAUGGCAGUUUACAUCCAGUUAUAUUAUGCGAGUAAUGCCCGAGUAAAUAAAUUUUUUCACGUAAACGAGUAGAAGUAGAAUACAUCGUGACGUGAAAACUUGCUCUCAUUCAGCAAAAUUCCAGUAGAGAACUGACUCUCGAGCUGUUGAGACAACUUUGAGCCACCACACGUUGCCUUAUCCCCUCUUUUUUAUUUGGUUUGUCACACCCCGCUUUGGUAUAGCGUUUAUUGUUGAUUUAUAGACUUCCAUUCUGUGUUACAUAGCAAAAGAAGUGAUUUUCAGUGCUACAUCCAAAAAUGUAUUUUUUUUAUAAAUCUAGGACUUUCGUAUAAUACUUUUUUGCAUGUAAUUAAUAUUUCUCAACAUAAGAAAUAAAACAGAUAUUUUCGAUUUUCAAGGCUCUUGGGGCACCCUUUCCCUUUAUCAGAUAGAGCUGAAAUUUUGCACAGAUUUUUAUUUCAUCUAAUAGCACCAAACGGGGAGGUAGCGCAAAAAAAAUAAUUUUUUUUUUUACCAAGAGUAACUAAGGGCCACCCUAGUACUGCAUAUUGUGCACUAGGUCAAAAAUAAUAAUAAAUCAAACAAAAAAUACAAGUAUUUCUUGUGAAAAUUUAAGAAGCAGUUUGAUUUCUUAAUAAGGCAAAUAUAUUUUAUAUUUUUGACAAUAAAUAUGUGAUCUUUGUUUACAUCUGAGGAGUUUACGAGUUGGUUCUUUGUUGUCAUUAUAUGAGGGUAUAUGAUCGAUACUGUCAUAUUGAACAACCAAAAUUGGUCGCUUUUUUCCCUUCUAACAGACUUUUCAAAUGCCUGGAACAUCAUAAGCCAAAUUUGGCUUUUCUUUCUUUUAUUAGUCCCAUCAGUUACUUCAAAUCGAAAAUGUUGAAAGUCUAAAAUUUCGUUUUUGUGAAUAUUCUUAACCUUAUCGAUGGCCUCAAACUAAUACCACGUAAGUCAGAAACUGUCAUUUUUCAGGAAAGACAAAAAACUUCGUAGUUAUAGUUAUGAUAAAUUAACACAGCCAAACAACUAACUAAAUAUAUCUGUGUCCUAUACAAAGAUCUAACAUGGCUUGCGAGGUAUUGGAGAGAAAAAAUAAAGGAGUUACGAGUUAUUGUAGUAUCUUUUAUUUUUAAUUUAUUCAUUUAAAAUUUUAAUAUCUAGGGUAGAGUGGGGGAAUAUCGGCCCCUUAAGAGAUAAAGCUUAUCAUGAUUGGAUUACAAGGUUUGCAAAGUUGGGAAUUAAAAGAUAGAUAAAACAAGCAUUUGCGAAGAAUAUUAUUUAUAUAAAAUUAAAAUAAACUUUAAAAUAAAAAAAAAAAUAUAAUAAAAAACUAAAACAUAGAAGAGGCUGAUAUUAUCCUCUCGGUUGGGGAAUUAUCAGCCGGGUGGCCGGUUUUACACCGAUGGCCAGUUUUACUGGCAAAAGUCACAAAUCCAUUCGAGAUUUUCGCUGUCAGUACAUGCUUGAUGAGCCCACCCUGCUCACAUUAUACACCUUACCCACAAUUCACGAUUUUUUCCAAAUUCUCCACAUAUAACACAAAUAUCUUCAGUAGCCAUUGGCUCACUGGCUACUGAGGAUUCUGAUUCUUCAGCUGUGUUGUCUUCCACGUAUGAAGAUUAUUUUAUUUUUCGGGCAUAUUUUUCACUUGGUUCCAACUGUGAGCUACUUGAAGUUGUAAUAUUUUUUGUUUUUACCAUUCCAUCACGUUCUAAAACAUUUCUCUUAACUUUUUCUUGUUUAACUUUACUUGCUGCUAUUCUUCGUUGUUUUCUUUCUUUUUUUCCUCCAAUAAACUCUUCAUAGGGGUUGCAGUAAAUAUUUCUGAAUGCUGUUUUGUUCUACCUUUCUUUUGUUUCUCUACAGAUAAUACAGCUUUAGAUGUUGAAGGAUAGUUCAGAAUGUCUCCAAAAGAAGUUUUUUUCUCUGGUGUAGUAUCUUGGAUAUUCUGAGAUAUUACAGUUAAUGGACUUCUUGGUGUAAGGACGAUAGUAUUUUCUCCAAGUGCAUUUUGAUUUUCUAUUACGUUCGUACUUUCCUUGGAAGUUUUAAUAAAAUUCGCGGGCAGAAAGUCAUCUUCUGUGAAAAUAUCCCCAUUGAUUGGACAAAUUCCAGUGGGCUCGAAACCUUUUGUGGCCUUUUCAGGAGUUGCCACUCUUCCAAAAGCUUUAUUGAAAAGUUCUGUAAUUUCAGAAGUCGAUAUUCUCUCUCCAACAUGGGUUCUCAAAAAUUUGUCGCACUCGUUAUUGUAUGCCUUCUUUAAAGGACCGUAGAAGGACACAUCGAGGGGUUGGAUCCGAUGAGAUGUAUGGGGUGGGAUUGUUAAAAUUAAAAUUCCAUUUUCUUUGCAGUAGUUGUAUGUUUCUAACGUGCAAUGUAUGGAGUGAUUAUCAAUUGCUAGCAACACUGGAUCGUCUAGUGUUGCUUUAACAAAAUUUUGAAAGUGUUUGAGCCAUUUUACAAAAAUCUCUUCCGUUAUCCAUCCAUUGUCAGAGCACAUGUAAACGGCUCCAGGUGGACCAUUUUUUGUUAAGUAUGGUGCCAUUCUUUUGUGUGCAAAAAUAAAUAAUGGAGGAACAUAUGCUCCAACUGCACUAAAUGCACACAAUACAGUGGUCGCUUUACCUCUUUCGGCAUUGGUAACAAAUCCCACUAUUUUUUGUCUUUUUUCUGCAUAAAUUUUAUUAGGACGCUGCACCGUUGAUAUUCCUGUCUCGUCUGCAUUGAAUAUUCUAGACGGUAAGAACUUGUAUUUAUCGUUUAGUUUAUUCAAGUUGUCAUAAAACAAAGUAACCUCUUCUUUAUUAAAUGCUUCAAUACUUUUUGCACUGGCAGAUUCGGGUUUUCGUAAAGAAAUUGUGGAAUUUCUUCUAAGAAAACCUUCUAACCAAUCCCGGCCAGCUUUUUCAUGUGUAGGAGAAAACGGAUGUUUCAACUUAUUUUUUACAGCGUAGGUAUAUGUGCAUCUCUAAAUCUCCAUAAAACAAUUUGCCUAGUUUGAUUACUUGGUCAGUAAGUUCCUUUUCUUCCGCUGUUGUAAAGAUUGGUUUUCGUCCCAAAGGUAUUUUUGAAGGACUACCACAUUUUAUAUGAUCUUGCAAUGUAGCUCUCGGUAUGUUAAAAGCUUUUGCAACUUCCCGUUGACUUCUACCAUUUUCUAUUGCUUUCAAAGCUGCCUUUAAAUUUUCGGCUGACCAGGUCCCUCUGUUUGUCGUCCGGAUAUAUUUUCUUGGCAUCUGAAAAAAGAAAGGAGUGUCUUAAUAUUGCUGAAUUUCAAAUUGGGGUAAUAUCGGUCAGGCCGAAAUUCCCCGCAUAUGCAAGGCCGAUAUUUUUAAAUUUAUUAUAAAAUUUUACCGAAAUAUCACGAACGUAAUUAAAAGACGAAUUUAGUAACACAAAAAAUAUAUUUUUCCUAUGCUUAAUAACAUCGAAACAUCGACGAAAUUUUCUUUAUGACCGUAUACAAAAUUAACGCGUGCUGAUGCGACGAUAGCUAGGCGACUACUGACUGAUUUCAUUCAAUGGCGAUGGCUUACAACGUCACGGCCUUCAUAGCCCGAUUUACACCUGAAAAAACCGUUGGCUGAUUUUACCUCCAUGGCCAGUAUUCCCCCACUCUACCCUAUACAACUAAACAAAAUCUCUAUACUUAUAAGUUUUAUGUACUUAAAAAAAAUUACCAAAACAAAAUAAAAUUAUUAAUAAUGCGAUGAACUAUCAUAAAAUAAUCAAUAGUCUUCAGGCAUUACGGGUUUUAAUUCUUGAAGAUGAUUAAAUUUAGUGUUUUUAAUCUUUAGCAGUUCUUUAUGGAGUUUCUUAAAAACGUCUUUACAAACAAUCGACUCAUUUCGUUUUAUUCUUUGCAGCAGUGGCGUGUAAUUAUUAUCAAAAUUAAGCUUGUAAAAAAUUAUUCCUUCAGGUGUAUAUUUUAGGGUUCUUAUAUCAACCACAUUUGGAUCUUCGGCUUUUCUUCCAGGUCUUAUAGACGAG